AUGACAAGCGUGAUAGAGAAGUUGCUGUCCAGGAACGGCGCUGCUGUGUAUCUGAAGGAUUUUAAAGGAAUGUUACUACACGUAUCGUAUGGUCUGUACUCUGCAUUGGCAGGCUCUGUGGUGUACGUCGUGUUUGGGACCUGCAAGGAGAUUAACAUUGGCCCAACUGCAUUGAUGUCACUACUCACGCACACAUACACACAUGACACAGAUCCUGACAUGGCAGUAUUGCUCUGCUUCCUUACUGGCUGCAUAGUGCUUCUCUGUGGAAUUCUACAGCUCGGUUUUCUGGUAGAGUUUGUGUCAGUGCCUGUAGUCGCUGGCUUUACUUCAGCCUCAGCCAUCAUAAUCGCAAGCUCCCAGGUGAAAGGUCUGUUUGGGCUCAGCUACAGUUCUGAAGGUUUUGUGGAGUCCUGGACCAAACUGUUUCAGCAUAUUGGAAGUACCCGACUCUGGGACACAGUGCUGGGUGUCUGCUGCAUCAUCAUUCUGCUUUGUCUCAGGAGACUGAAGGACAUGAAGCUGGGUGAACCUGGGAAGGUGACAGGCCGACAGAGAGCCCUCACCAAGCUUUGUUUCUACAUUGCUACAGGACGCAAUGCAAUGGUGGUUGUAAUUUGUGCUGUCAUAUCUUAUGGCUUCAAGAGCCAUGGACAAACACCAUUUAUACUUACAGGUCAGAUUGAGGCGGGUCUUCCUCAUGCUGGACCUCCGCCCUUCUCAACGUUCUAUGGCAACCAGACACAUAAUUUUAUUGACAUGGUGAGCCAUUUGGGGUCAGGGAUAGCCAUUGUUCCCAUCAUCGCCAUUCUUGGCAAUGUUGCCAUUGCUAAGUCCUUUUCAAGUGGUGCUAUGCUGGAUGCCACGCAGGAGAUGAUCACACUGGGUUUCUGCAACAUUGUGGGCUCCUUCGUACGUUCCAUGCCCAUUAAUGGAUCCUUUACUCGAAGUGCAGUCAAUAACUCCAGUGGAGUUCAGACUCCAUUUGGCGGCCUCUACACAGGCAUCAUGGUGAUCCUGGCUCUGAGUCUGUUGACACCAUACUUCUACUUUAUUCCAAAAGCCACCCUGUCUUCUGUCAUUAUCUGUGCUGUACUCUUUAUGGUUGAGGUUGGCAUGGUGAAACCCAUGUGGAAGUCAAACAAGCGGGAUCUGGUGCCUGGUUUCCUGACCCUUAUUGCUUGCCUGGCUCUUGGCGUGGAAAUGGGCAUCAUGAUCGGAGUGGCAGUUGAUAUAGCCUUCUUGCUGUAUUUCAGUGCCAGACCAGGAAUCCAGGUAGAGCGACUUCAGUGCCCAUCAGAAGGUCUGGAGUACGUGCUGGUGACGCCAAGUGCUGGCUUGCUGUUUCCAGCUGUGGACUUUGUACGUGAUGCUGUGUCAAAAGCAGGGAUGGAAGCAGUGGAUGUGGUGGUGCUGAACUGUCGCCAUGUGACUCGUGCAGAUUUCACUGCGGCACAGGGUGUCCAAUCACUCUUGCAGGACCUCAGACGCCAAGAUAAGCAUGUAGUGUUCCAUAACCUGCGACCUUCUGUUGCCAAGAUUCUCAGUCCCAAGGAGAAACUGUGCACAUCAUACAGCGACGCUGAAUUAGAGCGGCUUGUUAAAUGUUUGAAAAGUCAAGCUGCAAACAGGAGCAGCAAGCAAUACACAAAACUCGAGAUGGCUGAGGUCACAGCAGGGCAGGAAAGUGCUCAACCCCAGCAGUGUGAUGAACAAAAUGACACCAAGUUCUGAUGCUGCACAUGGCAAGGCUGUGAAAUUGCAGUGCCUGUUACGUAUAAUGCUAGUCUCUCUGAUGAUACAGUCUGUGUGUCUGGAUUUGGUGGAGAGGAUGCUAAUGUCCAACUCCAGGGCUUUGAUCAAUAUCUACCAGGCUACACUGUGCAACAUACCAGAAGACAGCAAACUUCCUGUGAAUAAGUUAUUUGUAUAACUGUGAAUUGGAGAAAAUGAAAAUGCUCAUAUACAAGCCUUAUCUAUUGUACAUUUGCAUUAUAUUUAAUACAUUCUCAUUUAUUUCA